AUUUUCUCGAAGAGUCGAGCAGCAGAGAGAAAGAGCUCGGGAGGAAGCAGACAAGGCUGCAAAAAGAAAGAGAUAGAGAGAGAAGGAAGACGUAAAGCGAAGAGGGGAUGUGGGCGGCAUCGUGUCUCUCAUCCUGCUGCGCGAGCUGCACCUGCGGCCUCUGCACCUCGGUCGCGUCCUCCGUUUCCCGCCGCUCCGCCCGUCUCGCCUACUGCGGCUUCUUCGCCCUCUCCCUCAUCCUCGCUUGGAUCCUCCGCGAGGUCGCCGCCCCCCUCCUCGAAAAAAUCCCAUGGAUAAAUACUUUCACCCAUACACCAUCAAAAGAAUGGUUUCAAACCGAUGCAGUCCUCCGUGUCAGUUUGGGAAGUUUCUUGUUUUUUGCGAUAUUUGCCCUGAUGAUGAUCGGUGUCAAGGACCAGAAUGACAAACGAGAUUCAUGGCAUCAUGGUGGAUGGAUUGCAAAAAUUGUCAUCUGGGUGGUGCUCAUUGUCCUUAUGUUCUUCCUCCCAAAUAUAGUCAUUACAAUCUAUGAAACCCUAUCAAAAUUUGGCUCUGGGUUCUUUCUUUUUGCUCAAGUGAUCUUACUACUAGACUUUACGUACACAUGGAAUGAUGCAUGGGUGGAAAAAGAUGAGCAGAAAUGGUACAUUGCUUUACUGUCGGUGUCAGCGGUAUGCUACCUUGCUACAUACUCUUUCUCAGGAGUGCUCUUCAUGUGGUUCAAUCCUUCAGGUCAUGACUGCGGUCUUAAUGUUUUCUUCAUUGUCAUGACCAUGAUUCUUGCUUUUGCCUUUGCUGUUGUUGCACUACACCCACAGGUGAAUGGCAGCUUGUUGCCUGCUUCUGUAAUCUCAGUUUACUGUGCAUACCUUUGCUACAGUGGCCUCUCAAGUGAGCCUAGAGAUUAUGCAUGCAAUGGUCUCCAUAAACAUUCCAAACAAGUUUCUACAGGCACGCUUGUUCUUGGGUUGCUCACAACAGUUAUCUCAGUUGUAUAUUCUGCUGUUCGGACAGGAUCAUCCACAUCAUUUCUGUCACCCCCAUCCUCCCCUAAGUCAGGUUCAAGUAAGCCGCUGCUUGAAGAGGGUGAGGUGGAGUCAGGAAAAGAUGAUAAGAAAGAAAGCGAAGCACGCCCUGUCACCUACUCAUACACAUUCUUCCAUCUUAUAUUUGCUCUUGCUAGCAUGUACUCAGCUAUGCUUCUUACUGGGUGGACCAGCUCCACUUCAGACAGCUCAGAGCUGAUUGAUGUUGGUUGGACGUCAGUUUGGGUGCGGAUCUGCACUGAAUGGGCCACUGCAGCACUCUAUAUCUGGACCCUUAUAGCUCCGCUGGUCCUUCCUGAUCGUGAGUUUUGAUGGAUCUCUAGUUUCCUAGAUAUGCUAGAAUGGAUGUUGUGCAUGGUUAAGAUGGUUUUCUCUAGUGUUCCAGUCUGGUUAAACAUAUUUGCAGUUGAUUUACACCCUAUUAAUAUGUGACAUAUGACAUAUUAUGGUUACAAUAGAGCUAGGGAAUACCCACUAGUACAUGUGUUCUGUAAAUAAUUUCUGUUAAUCGAAAUCAUAGUUGAGUAAUGGUAUAUCUUAUAUUAUUGCUA